AUGGGCGGCGUAUUAUCCAAGCCGAUAGCACCGAACAUUUACAAGUGGAAGUGCGCAUCCUGCGGGAACAAGAACAGCAAGAGUACGAAGACGUGCGAGAACACGGGGUGCGGAAAAGACUGCGCCGACAAGCAGUUCGCUGCGCAUGUGGCGGCUGCCAACCAGGCUCUCCUAUUGUUGGGGAUAGAAGCGCCGACUCAGGGCCAGCGUACCCACCAGCGAUCUGCCGCCCGUUUUGGCGUCGACCAGGCUGCAAAACCCAGGAUUCACUGGCUCUUCGCCCGACCCUCAGACACACCCGACUGA